AGUGUCCCGUAGGGCAAGUUCUGGUGCGGUUACGUUUGCGAUUAUUAUUUUUUUGUGCUUUAACAUGAAUUAGUGAUCAUUUAUCGUUAAAAAUGAACCGCGGCUCGAGAGAAGAACUGCUUGGCAGCUCGCAGGAGGCUGUGCGGAACAGCAUGGUCGACCUGCACAGCUUCCAGGAAAAGCCGCUGACGAAAGAGGAGAAAUCGUUCCUCCUCAACGCCGACAGGGGAGACUAUGUAACUGUCAAGAGGUUAAUAGAAGUAUACGCCUCAAAGCCGGAGAUCCUAGACAUAAACUGCGUAGACCCCCUCAAUCGAUCAGCCCUAAUCGCUGCCAUCGAAAAUGAAAACAUUGAACUCAUAAAACUACUCCUCGGUUCUGGAAUAAAAGUGAAGGAUGCACUACUGCACGCUAUCAAAGAAGAAUACGUGGAAGCGGUUGAAUUGCUACUGCAGUGGGAAGAGGAACACCACGUCCCCGGCGAGCCUUAUAGCUGGGAGUCCGUAGACCCAUCAGCGGCAACCUUCACUCCGGACAUCACGCCCCUGAUAUUAGCGGCUCAUCGCAACCAUUACGAGAUCCUGAAGCUCCUGCUAGAUCGAGGCGCCACGCUGCCCGUGCCCCACGACGUCAAAUGUGGAUGCGACGAAUGCGUGAAAUCAUCUCAGGAGGAUUCGCUGAGGCACUCGCAGGCUCGCAUCAACGCGUACCGCGCGCUCAGCUCCCCUUCCCUUAUCGCUCUGUCUUCUGCGGACCCCCUACUAACCGCCUUCGAACUCUCAUGGGAGCUGGGCAGACUCAGCCGAAUGGAAACCGAAUUUAGAAUAGAAUAUAAGAACCUUCGUCAUCAAUGCCAAGAAUUCGCCACUUCCCUCUUAGACCACACGAGAACAUCUCAAGAGCUGGAGAUAAUGCUAAAUUACAACCCCUGGGAUAUGGACAGCUGGGAGCCAGGUGAAAGACAGACCCUUGGAAGGUUAAAGCUGGCUAUCAAGUACAAGCAGAAAAUGUUCGUAGCGCAUCCAAACGUGCAACAGUUACUCGGGUCUAUAUGGUAUGAAGGUUUACCAGGGUUCAAGAGAAAGAGUAUAGUCGGACAAUGUGUUCAGGUGGCUAAACUAGGCGCGAUGUUUCCGGUGUACUGCACGAUAUAUAUGCUGGCGCCCGACUCCGAAUACGGCCAAUUCAUGAAAAAACCCUUCGUCAAAUUCAUCAGUCAUAGUUCCUCAUACAUGAUGUUUUUAAUGCUACUAUCCUUGGCGUCACAAAGAGCGGAAUACUUAGUUCUGGAAUGGUCUGGCAUAUCUUGGCUGCAAGAAUUAGUUGAGUUCUGGAAAAGUCGAGAACGAGGCUCUUUACCUGGCUUGAUAGAAUCUACCGUCAUACUCUUCAUAGCAAGUUUGGUUUGGGGAGAAAUAAGAUCAUUAUGGGAAAACGGACUUCUUGAGUACUUGAGCGAUUUAUGGAAUAUAGUCGACUUCAUAACGAACGUGUUUUACAUAGCUUGGAUAAGUUUGCGUUUCACUUCCUGGUAUAUUGUGCAGCGGGAUUUCCACAGCGGUAAGGAUCCUUGGUACCCAAGAGAACGCUGGGACUCAUUCGAUCCAAUGCUGCUAUCGGAGGGUGCCUUCGCAGCCGGCAUGAUAUUCUCCUUCCUGAAGCUGGUCCACAUCUUCUCCAUCAAUCCCUACCUUGGGCCGCUCCAAGUGUCUCUCGGCAGGAUGAUCAUCGACAUCAUCAAGUUCUUUUUCGUGUACAUGCUUGUGCUAUUUGCAUUUGCAUGCGGUCUGAACCAGCUGAUGUGGUACUACGCUGAGUUGGAGAAGGGUAAAUGCUAUCACCAUCCAUCCGGUGUGGCUGACUUCGACACUCAAGAAAGAGCUUGUAGUAUAUGGAGACGAUUUGCAAACUUAUUCGAAACAUCACAAUCACUUUUCUGGGCGUCUUUUGGUCUCGUUGACCUUACUACAUUCGAACUGACCGGCAUCAAGAGCUUCACCAGGUUCUGGGCUCUGCUGACCUUCGGAUCGUACUCCGUGAUCAACAUCAUUGUACUUCUGAACAUGCUUAUUGCUAUGAUGUCUAACUCCUAUCAGAUUAUUUCAGAAAGAUCAGAUGUGGAAUGGAAAUUCGCUCGCAGCAACCUUUGGAUGUCAUACUUUGAAGAUGGUGACACGGUACCACCCCCUUUUAAUAUCAUCCCCACUCCUAAACACGUAAACGGCUGGAUACAGAAGAUUCUCCAUAAUAAAAACCGAGGAUCUAUAAUUAAUAAAUCCCGCGAGAAAGCUCGUCAACAACAUGAAGCAGUAAUGCGUAUCCUGAUCAGACGCUACGUGACCGCUGAACAGCGUGACAGAGAUGAAGAAGGAGUGACAGAGGAUGACGUUAUGGAAAUCAGACAGGAUAUAUCGACAUUACGCUUUGAGCUGAUAGAUAUUUUACGUAACAAUGGAAUGAAGACACCGACUGUUAACAUACAGGAUACUACAAUAUCGGGCAAAAAAGGUAAGGUGAUGGAGAGGAGAAUCUUGAAGGACUUCCAGAUUGGUAUCGUUGAGGGCAUAAUAAAGGACGUGAUAUCGAAGGAGAGCAAGCCGAAGGACGUGUUCAGUCAGAUUGCUAAAGCUAUUGUUAGGCGAGGAAGUGAAACUGAUAAGAAGAAGGACUGGAACGCCCAAGUCCGUAGGAGUACAAUCCGAAAGGACCCGAUUGGAUCGAAAGCUGAAGCUGAUACCAAGCGCAGCCGACAAUCUCUUAGAGCUCACAUAUUGGAUAACGUAUCUGCUAGGACAAUCGACCCUCAGAAACUCUUGCAAUACAAUCCGAACCUGUCUGCCGUUACACCGACGGCUCGUGUCGCAUACGCUAAGUUCAUGAGGAGCAAGAUCAAAUCUGACUUCACCGAUACCGUGGGGCAGGAGCAAGAGUCUGCGGAUGCAGCGAAAGAAUCCGAGGCUAAGGAGGCUCCGUCUGGAUCUAAGGAAGAUGAAGAAAAAGCUGCAACUAAAAUAAAAGUAGAAGCGGAUAUCGAGAGCAAAGGUUCCGGAGGCAAAACAGAAGAAGCUAAACAAACAUCGGCACCUCCUAAAGAAGCAGCCGGAGCUUCUACAUCAGCACCUGCUAAAACUGAGAAACCACCGUCACCUCAGAAGAAAUCUGAAUCAAAAGACCAUGUAAUUGAAAUAGAGGAACCAGAAUCACCAUCUAGUAGCUUGUACAUAACCAAGGAGGAAGAUAAGAAUCUUCAGAAACCUAUCACGCCAACACCGAGUGGACCUUCAGAGCAAAUUUUAUCAGCAUCCACCCUUGAAGCUGAUCAACAAAAGGAAGCAAAGGCACCAUCGGUUACAAUAACUGUAGAGGAACCUAAGAAAUCAGAAGAACCUAAAGAACCAAAGAAAAAAGAACCCAAGCCGAAAGAAAGUCCAGGACCUUCUAGGCUUAGUCCAUCGCCCGCUCCACCUAAACCAGGUAUUGUUACUGAUAAAGGAAAAUCGAAAGUAACGGGCAAAAUUGUUUCUGGAUGGCUUUAG